AAUGAACGAAACUUUGAGAGAACAAAUGGAAAUAUGAAAAUGGUCUCCAACAUUUGACAGCCGCGAUAAGACCAAGUGCUCUUGUCUUCGCAUACGCAUCACGACUGCUCCCGAUCGUUCGUACCUGCGGAUGCUCAUUGAUUGCGUUCAAGGCAGAGCACGAAGUUUAUUGCGAUCUGCUCCUAAGGAUAGAACACGAGGUUUUUUGCGAUCUGCUACUUCUCAAUCUUGUUCAUGCUUAGACGCUACAAAACACCUAUUACAGGCAAGAACGACUAAAAGAGCGUUAGUAGUGAGUACAGUCGUGAAGAACUUGGAUUCAUAGUCGUGGUGAAAUAACUAGAGAAAGUAGUACUAGCACCGCAACUUCUAGUACAACGCCACGAGCACUUGGCUACUAGCGAUACGCUUUACGACGGCAACUGACUCACUGCCCGCCGUGGCUUCGACUCUGCUCGUAGAGGUACGACCAUGAGCUCGUGGUCGUGUUGACCAAGAAUCUGCUUCGUGUUGCGCUGCUAAGAACGCCUGCGACAUCAUUUUAAAACUGGAAUUGGUCGCUCCUCCUGCUCCUGUCCGUAAACGUUGAAUUCUACUAAGCGACUAGUAGUACACCUUCAGUAUUACAAGAACAGCCCAUUCGAAUAGCGCAUUUAUUUCAGUCCAAGCAACCAGGCGACACAAGAUAAAACGAAGAUGUUUCUCGGUGGUGGGCGGACGCAAGCAGGCGGGUCCUCAUCGUCUGCGGGUCCAAAUAAGGUCCGGCAAUUCCGGAGUGGCGACCCGAUGGAAGAACGCGAUGCGCAAAAGACAUGGGAAAGUCUGAAAUUAUGUGACAGUGCGAUAUUCUUAUUUGAAAUCGAACAGUAGUUCUAGAAGCAGCCACUAGCUCCUCUUAUCACUGAAGGUACUGGAACGACGGAGCGACUGCAUGAGCACAUUGUGCAACAUUGUUCUUGCUCCUUUUUCCCUCGCGUCGUCGCCCCACAUCCACCUCUAAUCCACAAAGCCAUCCACCAAAUCCAUGCUCACAACGCGUCAACUCUGAGUUUUGAGGAGCUUUAUCGCAAUGCGUACAACCUAGUUCUGCAUAAGCAUGGGGCGCUUUUGUACAACGGUGUGCAGCAAGUUGUCUUGGAUCACUUGAAGGAGAUAGCAACAGAUGUUAUACGAGGUAGUAGCUUACAACUUGAGUUUCCUCUUCCUCUUCCACUUCCUUUGCUUGUUCCUCUUUCCACUUCCAUUUCCUUUUCAAUAUUCACAUCCUCUGCAACCAAGAAUAGUCGAACUCACACUCAUUCAACAUUUAACUCAUUGUCCCUCUCUACAUGAUAGCCGCCGACGAAGGCCUUUUGGACGAACUGAAAGUGCAGUGGGACGACCAUAGAACCGUGAUGGUGAUGAUACGGGACAUUCUGAUGUACCUCGACCGAAACUACGUCUCUCAGUACAAGAAGAUACCUGUCUACGAAAUGGGCUUGAUCGCCUUUCGAGAACAAGUAACGGCGCACGAGAGAGUAAAGGUUAAGGCUUGCCGUAAUUCAUCUCAAGAGGCAUCUUUCUCCUCUGAGGAAACGCUUUUUAUCUCUCAGUUAAUUAAAUAUUAGAGGGAAAACACGUUCUUGCUGACAGAGGAUCUUCAAGAUGAAUUUGGGUAAGCUCUAAAGAAGAUCGGUUACUGAAGAUCUUGCUGGACAAGGUCAACCAAGAAAGAAAUGGCGAGCAAAUAGACAGGAUACUCUUGAAACAUACGCUGACGAUGCUGGUGGAACUCGGAGCUGGCGGGCAAAAUGUCUACAAGACUUGCUUUGAGGACUGGUAGUCAUGUACAUUCAAGAUUUUCAUUUUGCUAUUGCUUGUUCUUAAAACUAGCUCUAGAUUCAAAUUAACUCCUCGCGAGUAAAUCUAGUCCUAGACUCCAAGAAUGGUCACACUACCUAAUGCACGUCCUCCUGAAACAUGACCUCUUGUCAGGCACAUCAAUCAAUCAAUGAAUAAAUGAAUCAAUCAAGGUUCAUAGAAGACGCCCGAACCUUCUAUCAGCAUGAGAGUACGAAGUACGUCUCCGAGCACACUGUUGGGGAGUACUGUAAGAAAGCAGAGGCUCGAAUACGAGAGGAGAAACAGCGCGUUCAGAGCUACCUCCAUGAAAGCACGAUGGACAAGAUACAAUCCCUCAUGGACAAAGAGUGGAUCCAGAGACACUACGAGACAUUGGUGUUAUGAAGAAGGAUUAUUUCAAGAAAAACAAAAUGAAAAUCGAAAACAAUAUUAUAAAGUCAAAGUUAUAAAUAACUACGAUCUUCGUUGUCUCCUCUAGCUCUAACGGCAAGUACAGGCGCCCGACCCAUGUUCGAAGGGGACAAAGUAGAAGAUCUCGAACGAAUGUUUCGGCUUUUUGUGCGAGUGCCUGAAUCCCUGAAACCUCUGCACAGCGUCUUGCGGGAAUGCAUAAAGGACGCAGCUAAAGCUAUCCUUUCAGACGCCGAAAAGCAUAAGGAGCCUGUGUCGUUUAUUGACGCUCUAUUGAGUAAUAAAUAGUUCUGCUUUACUAGUUACUACAUUCUACACGAAGAUGAAGUAGUAUUUUAUGCCCUCUAAAUGAAGAUGAAAUAAAUGUGCUAAUGCUUAAUGUAGUUCAAGUCGAAGAUCCAUUGCGCCGCUCGUCCAAGCCGCGGUGCUCGUGAGCAGUGGUGCUCCACAUCGAAUUAACUCCACCAUCCAGAACUCCGAGAAAAGUACUCCACCAUUGUGCGAGAUGCAUUCCAGAAUUCGAAGGAGUUCCAGAUAUCGUUGAAGACGAGCUUUGAAGAGACCUUGAUUAUGCCUGCUGGCUUUUGCGUUCUUAGUCAGUAGAAGGAUACUCAUUGCCUGAGCCUGUAUCAUUCCGCCGGUAGGCUUGAAGGACUACCUGGGAUGCGAAUGAAUGAAUACUCAUUCAAGAACCUGUCCGGAGUAGCCUAGUACGAGGGCCCUCCACAUAUAAUAGUAAUAGUAAUAAUAGUAUUAAUAAUAAUAAGAAUAAUAAUUCAAGAAGCAGGUCAAGCUCCAACUCCCACGGCGACACCAGCACAGCACGGUAUUUGUCCCUCUUCGUCGAUGAGCUCUUUCGCAAGGGGAUGCGGAGCGUGUCAGGACAGCUUCUGGACCAAGCCGAUACUCGAUUAGACCAGGUAGUCACGAUUUUCCGCUACUUGCAGGACAAGGACAUCUUCGAGAGCUACUACAAACAUCACUUCGCAAAACGUUUACUGUCAGGGAAGCAAGCGGAUGAUGCAGAAAAAGCGAUGAUCAGCAAAUUGAAGGGUAUUUGAUAGAAAUACCAGUACUACCAGAAAAAGCGAUGAUCAGCAAAUUGAAGAUUAUUUGAUAGAAAUACCACUACUGCUUGCCUUAAUAUGCUGCUUCACCCUGAAGUGCAAGGAGUAGAAGUAUUUUCUUGAUCUUGAGAGUCCCCCCGACGUAACGAAUAUUUCGUACUCCAACGGAUGAAGUAAACAGGACUCUUGGAGAAAAGCCUCAUCAUUUGCCAGAGGAAGUUCCCUUAUCCCAGUGGUUGAGCGCGUGCCCCUGGCUUCCUUUGGGAAUCCCCUCGUCGUUGAGACGCUCGCGGCAGGGCGUGGGUCCAUCCCCUACAGGGGACGCUUACAUCAUGCCCCUGCUUUCGCCUCGAUUUGGUUGAGUACUCUGCAAAACAUUUCCUCCGCACCUGCUCCGCGCCCUCCAAGUGAACGUGAUCGCUUCCCUUUCUCUUGCUGCGUCCCUUGAAAGAAAGUAUACCCUUGAAGAAGGUCAUGCUCAUUUAUGCCUACCCCCGUAACAGAUAUUUCCCAUCCUUAUCCUGGGAGACCCCGCUUUGUCUGGUGUCAUUUGCCAGCAGUUGUUCCCUUAGCUCAGUGGUAGAGCGCCCGCACUUUCCUAAAGCACACAGAACCGCGGGAGGGCGUGGGUUCGAUCCCCACAGGGAACGCUUUUGCCUUGUCUGCUCUUCGCCUCUCAUUACACUGACUUACUCCUGGGGAGCAGUCUUGCUAUUUGCUCUGUCAUCGUCUCUCCUUAACUUCCAGGUAGACUUCCCUAGUGGACUUUGUCCAAACCUUACUCAACCUACUCCAGGCGAAUGCGGCCAUCAAUACACUGCCAAGCUUGA